GCUUGGACGAUUCAGUGAUUGUUGCUAGAUAAAUGCGAACGGAAAUAAACCAUCUUCGGUGUUCUUUGCAAUGUUCUAAGACUGUGAAAACGGACGUGAGUGAAAGUGUGAAACAACGAGUGUAGUUAAACCCUGAACAGAGCGGUAAAAACCGGUCACCAUGACGCAGUAUUUACCACCGAAUUUGCUGGCCCUGUUCGCCCCACGCGAUCCCAUUCCGUACCUACCACCUCCGGACAAGCUGCCGCACGAGAAGAAAUCUCAAGGGUACUUGGGAGUGGGAGCCUUUCUCGAUUGUUUCGAGGAUCCGAAGGAUACGCCUCCACCUACUCGUGUGGAAACGCGUGAAGAACGAUUGGAACGGCGCCGUCGGGAGCGCGCCGAACAAGUGGCCUACAAGCUAGAACGUGAAAUAGCUACAUGGGAUCCGAACCAGCUCCUAGAAGCGACGGAGGAUCCGUUCAAAACUUUGUUUAUCGCACGAAUUAACUAUGACACAUCGGAAUCGAAGCUUCGGCGAGAGUUCGAAAUUUUUGGUAAUAUUAAGAAGAUUGUUAUGAUCAACGAUAAGGAAACGGGCAAACCGCGCGGUUACGCGUUUAUUGAGUAUGAACAUGAACGGGACAUGCAUGCGGCCUACAAGCAUGCGGAUGGUAAGAAAAUUGACGGUAAGCGCGUACUGGUGGACGUCGAGCGGGCCCGCACGGUCAAGGGAUGGCUGCCCCGACGGCUUGGUGGUGGACUGGGUGGAACGCGUCGCGGUGGCCCGGACGUAAACAUCAAGCAUUCGGGUCGCGAGGACAACGAGCGCGAACGGGAGCGCUAUCGACUCGAGCGCGAGCGUGAGGAUCGCGAUCGUCGGGAGCGGGAUCGGCCGGAGAAUCGGUUCGAACGUCGUAGAUCUCGUUCCCGUGAUCGCGAGCGGCGCCACCGAAGCCGAUCGAAGGAUCGUAGCAGGCGACGUCGUAGCCGCGACCGUGACGUGGAGGAGCGGGAACGAUGGGACAAGGAUCGGGAACGUGAUCGCGAUCGUAGUCGUGAUCGCGACAAGGAACGCAAGCGGAAGCGGAGUCGCUCGCGUGAUCGUGAUCGUAGCGAGAAAAGCCGACGGGACAAGCGUAGCGAUCGGGGUGGUGAUCGAGGCGAUCGAGGCGACCGUGGAGAGCGCGGUGGUCCACCCGGCGGAAGCGUUGGCGAUCGGAAGGAACGGAAGCCAGACUUCCGCGAAGGCGAGAUCAAGAUCAAGGAGGAACCGAUCGAUGACUAUCCCGAUUACAGCACCCAGUACGCACAGUACCAGACGCAGGUUAAGUAUGAGGACGGCGAGGAGGAAAAGUACCGUCCGCACGAUCACGAAGAACAUCUUCUCCGCGGGGACAACGGACGAACCGGCUACGGUGGUAAUAAUGGCGACGACGAUGGUGAAUAUGACGACGGACAGGGCUAUUAGGUUGGGUGCGGAAUUGAUGAUAUUGAUGCUGGUGUGGCGAUCGUGGGACAGAAAGCCAAUCACGGUACGGUCGCCAUCAUGAUGCCUUCCAACUGCAUUCAUUCUUCCGGUGUGUAGUGUUUAAAUAAUUCUGUAACGUAGCUUCAAUACUCUUACACAAUCAUGGUUUACUCCACCGGAUUCCGCUGUGCUAAUGUAACGCAAAUCAUAAUCUAACCAUGUUCUCAACGAAACCAUACACUUUGAUUGAACCGACACACUGGUGGGGAUAAAGAGCGAAAUCGAUUGCUUUUAUUUGAGGUAAGAAAUGAACAUUUAUCCUCCUUCUGUUUGUGUCGGUGGUUGGACUUAUCAUUCGUUCGUAAGAUCACCUGAAGGUAAAGGUGAAAAUCUUUGAAAAUUAUGCGACGAUUUCUUUUUCUUCGCACCGAAACAGUCCGUGUGAGACAGCAUAAAUCGGUAAGACUUAUAGCGACAAAAAGUAAUGUUUUAAAAAAUACUAAAAAUUCACAGUGCAACAAUUAAAUUAAUAGCUAAACAACACAAACCACCACUGGUUGACCGUUGAGUUAAAUUAUGAUUUUUACCUCCCCUCCAACUAUCACCUCUUGUAAUUCUAAUUAAUGCAAUUAGCAGCAGCGUCCAAACGGCAGGUGGAGGAGAAACCUCGGUAACAUUCUCAAUUUUUUCCUUCGACAUUUUGUAGCGCAGUGUAGUAGGUGAAUAAGAUAAAUAAAUGAGAUUUGAAGUUACUAAAAUUA